CGUGACUUCUUGUAAGUGCUGGGGUAAAGAGAAAGUAAAACACACACACACAUACACAGAAGUGCAGUCAGUGAAGGUGACACAGGGAGCUGCAGUCGCAGGAGAAAUCAAGACAGCGACGAGAGAUGGAUUCAUAUUUAAUAGCUGGUCGGGAGAAGUGUUACGACCCUCGCGAUUGGACACUUAUAUUUGUGGACAGGGAGGAUGAGUUAGACUUUUUGUGCGAAGGUUUCAGGUCUCGCAGAGCGUUGAUGUCCUGUGGACACGCUGUGACCCCGAUGUCUCUGACCAACUGGUGUCGCAGGUUGUUGGAACAGGGUGAGAGCAGAUUUGUGUGUGGAGUGUACGGUUGUAGUGCUGAGUGGUCUUGCAUGGAGGUUCGUAAAAUGGCUCUUCUGACCCAGGAAGAAACUGCGUACUUUGAAGCAGCCAUGGCCUACAAUACCAAGAAUAACUUACAAACCAAAAUAUGUCCUGGAUGCAAAUCUGAUGUGGUCAGAGAGAACGAGUCUGAUCUGAGAGUCCGCUGCUCAGUGUGCACAGCUAACAGAAGAUGGCCUUAUGAAUUCUGCUGGCAGUGUUUGAGGGAAUGGAAGGGUCGGGCUCCACGGUCAGACCGCUGUGACAAUGACGGCUGCUGCGACCAGUCACUGAUAUUACUUCACACCUGUCCAGAUAUCACCUUUGAGAGUGUAAUGGUCACUGGCUGUCCCUCCGUCCGUGCCUGUCCCACUUGUGGCCAACUGUUGGAGCAUAACAAAACUCAAUGUAAAAAUGUCAUCUGUCCCUGGUGUCAAGUGGAGUUCUGUUUUGUGUGCCUGAAACUCACUGAUGACUGUUUGGAAACAAGUGAUUAUUCAGUACAUUGCUCCAGUGGUGUUGCCCCUAGACAGACCUCUAUACCUGUGUGGAGGAGAAAAUAAUGUAAACAACACUAUGUGAGUGCUUCAGUUUGUUUUGAUGUGUUUUUUCUGCAGCAUUGCUGUAUUUUCCACAUCUCUUCAUUGAAACAUCCAGUGAACAAUGUUCUUGUUUUGUUUGUGAGAAAUUGGCAGCAAAAUGUGACCAUCAUAGCUGAUGCACACCUGAAUUAUAAGGCUGAGAACAGUGACAUCUGAGUCUGAAGCAUUUAUCACUUCAGAAAUUUGAAUUUACCUGGAAAAUAUAUCUUCUUAUCCUUCCAUACCAAUCACAUUUUGUUAUUUGUUUAAUUGUGUAUUGCUUUCCUGUUCGUUCUUGUUAAAGUGAAUAUACAUAUAUACAAUUCAUUUGAGUGAAUGAUUAUUAUUAUUAUUUCUGUUUCACAUUAAAAUAAGAAUGUAUCCCUGGAUUAAAACAAGCAAUGCUCUGUAAAACAGAACGACACAAAGACAAAACUUAAAAUGCUGUAUAGGCUGUUAGCUCUGUCAUCAGUUGAGAAUUAAAAAUAUGUCUGCGCCACUGUAUUCUCAGCUAUAUUUCAGUGUGUCAGAUGGCUAUAUGUUCAAAUGAUCACUGGAAAUUACCUAAUAUUCCAGCUCCAGUCUUUGGUGUGAGACUACAGCUUCACAUCCUGCUUGUUUUAUCAAAAGCUGCUGUGAAACUAUUUGUUUAUUGCAACGCAAGUUUGUUCAAAUGUAAAUAGUUAUGGAUUAUAUUUUAGCACAGAAAUGUUAUUUAGUUGUGGUUGGAUAUCCCUAUUUUUUAUUAGUAUUGUUCCAGAUGUCACAGAGUGCCCUCUGCUGGACUGUAGCAUGAACUGCACUUGCUGAGUAAUACAAGUUCCUAUUCAUAAUACAACUGUACUGUUUGUGUUAAUGAUAGACUACAAUCUAGUUAUGGAGAAAUAAAGAGGUGACAGAAUUUCA